AUGAACAAACGACGUGAUUUGAGUGUGGAAGAAAAAUUAGAUGUUCUUAAAAAAUAUGACGAGCUUCCGAAAACGAACCAGCGACAAGCAACAUGUAAGUUGAACGUGUCUCAAAGUUUACUAGGUAGGAUGCUGAAAAGUCGACAGGAAAUCGAAAACGCAUCAUUAGAAAAUGUGAAUUCAAACCGUGAAAGAAAAAGGGUCGGACCACUUUUGCGCCAAAAAGCCGAAGAUCUUGCGAUAAAAAUAGGCAAAGAUAAUUUUGUGGCAACAGAAGGUUGGUUUCACCGAUGGAAGAAACGCGAAAACAUUUCAUUCGUUAAGCCAUAUGGAGAACAGGGAGAAGCCAACCAUGUAGCUGCACGGUUGUGGAUUCAUUCAGAAUGGCCAUCACUUAUCGCCAAAUAUCCUCCGUCUUGUGUGUUCAAUGCGGAUGAAACUGGACUUUAUUUCAGGGCAUUACCUGAGCACACUUACGCGUUCAAAAAUGAAAAAACUAGAGGAACUAAAACUAGUAAAGAACGUCUAACCAUAUUAUGUUGUGCGAGUAUGGAUGGUGAAAAAAGAAAACUGCUUGUGAUUGGUAAAAGUAAAAAUCCCCGGUGUUUCAAGGGUGUUAAGAAUCUACCGGUAGACUAUACUGCAAACAGUAAUGCAUGGAUGAUAAAAGAAAUUUUCACCGAAUGGCUGAUCAAGUGGGACAAUGAACUUCAUCAUGACGUUUUAUUGCUAGUCGAUAACUGCACGGCUCAUGUGGUUACAAUAUUUUCAAUAUCUGGCCGUAUGUACGAUAUUGCUACUCUCAUUUCCUCUUCAAUAUCUGUCAGCCUUUCUCGUUUCUUUGUUUUGAUAUUCGUCAGUGUUGAAAAUCCAAGCUCACAUAAAGUUCGAUCUGUUGUUAGCGUUAUGAAUUCUUCCUCUUCUUCUAACGUAAAUUCAUAA